AUGCGAAGGCCCUGGGCGACAGCGCGCUGGUCGGCGAGACCCUCGGGUUCGAGUGCAACGACGGCUACGCCGUCGACGCCCUGCGUUUCGGGGGCGACGCCAUGGGGCGAGGAUCCUCGUUCGAGCUCACGUGCUUGGCGAGCGGAUACUGGUCCAG